AUGCAAAAAAAUAGAAAUACUUUUUCUUGGGUAAAGGAACAGAUGACUCGAUGCAUUUCUGUAUCGAUGAUGAUAUAUGUAAUGACUCGGGCAUCUAUUUCAAAUGCAUAUCCCAUUUUUGCGCAGCAGAGUUAUGAAAAUCCGCGAGAAGCAACUGGGCGUAUUGUAUGCGCUAAUUGCCACCUGGCUAACAAGCCCGUGGAUAUUGAGGUUCCACAAGCUGUGCUUCCUGAUACUGUAUUUGAGGCAGUUGUUAGAAUCCCCUACGAUAUGCAACUGAAACAGGUUCUUGCUAAUGGUAAAAAGGGAGGUUUGAAUGUAGGGGCUGUUCUCAUUUUACCCGAAGGAUUUGAAUUAGCUCCCCCCGAUCGUAUUUCUCCCGAGAUGAAAGAAAAGAUGGGUAAUCUGUCUUUUCAGAGUUAUCGUCCUAAUAAAAAAAACAUUCUUGUGGUGGGCCCUGUUCCUGGUCAGAAAUAUAGUGAAAUCGUCUUUCCCAUCCUUUCUCCAGAUCCCGCUACUAAGAAAGAGGUUCACUUCUUAAAAUAUCCUAUAUAUGUAGGUGGGAACAGGGGAAGGGGUCAGAUUUAUCCUGAUGGGAGCAAGAGUAACAAUACAGUCUAUAAUGCUUCAGCAGCAGGGAUAGUAAGUAAAAUAGUACGUAAAGAAAAGAAAGGUGGAUAUGAAAUAACCAUAUCUGAUGCAUCGAAUGGACACGAAACGGUUGAUAUUAUACCUCCAGGACCAGAACUUCUUGUUUCUGAAGGUGAAUACAUCAAGCUUGAUCAGCCAUUAACAAGUAAUCCCAAUGUAGGUGGUUUUGGUCAAGGCGAUGCAGAAAUAGUACUUCAAGAUCCAUUGCGUAUCCAAGGCCUUUUGUUCUUCUUAGCAUCUGUUAUUCUGGCGCAAAUCUUUUUGGUUCUUAAAAAGAAACAAUUUGAGAAGGUUCAAUUAGCCGAAAUGAAUUUCUAG